GUGCUGAAACGCUUCACCUCAUCUACACAUCACUACUGAAAGGAAAUAAAAUAUGAUUUAAGCAACUCAGCGACCCAAAAUAAUGCAUAAACUCAGGAGACGCAAACAGAAACUCACCUCAGCUACUGCCCCAUGUGGGAGUGAAGAAAGACUGAAUCGCAGACGGAGAUGGAAAAGGAGGAAAGAAAAGUAACUGUCCUCCUCUGGCGGAGCGUCGCCGUGCGGCACCAGGCGGAAGUAAACCAGGAAAAGGCGGAAGUGCCGUUAGCUUUAUUGACUGAGCAGGAAGUGUGUUGUUGUUGUUGUUGUGUGAGCUGAGUGUGUGAGCCGUGUGUGUGAGCUGAGUGUGUGAGCCGAGUGUGUGAGCUGUGGCAGUAACAAUGGCUUCAGUUCAGUAUCUGAGAGAGUUUAUCAACGAGCGACUAACUGCUGCUGCUGAACAAAUAUUCUUGGAGUUUGAAAAAACGAUCGUCCAGUACGAGGAAGAGAUCGACCGUCAGCGCAGACUGCUGGAUAUCACCUGGAAACCCCAAAUCAAGCUGCACAGGACAGACCUCCAACAGCAACAUGUCUGUGGUGAGGAGGAGGAGGAGGAGGAGGUUCAGCAGAGGAACCGAACACAGUCUCUACAGAUUAAAGAGGAACAGGAGGAGCUGUGCAUCAGUCAGGACGGGGAGCAGCGUGCACUGAAGGAGGAGACUGAUACCUUUAUGGUGACUGUAACUUAUGACGACAGCGAUCUCAGUGAACCUGACCUGGACAGCGACCAGCUCGGCUCUCGCAGCUCUCUUCUAUACGAGAGCCGAGAUCAGGAAGGAAGCGAGAGCUUCGAUUCUACUUCAACUGCCACUAGAAACAUAAGUCAGAGUAGCAACGCAGAAAUCUUUCCCACAUCAGAGAGUCAGUGUAACACCGACACAGUCACCAAAUCUCUAAAAUGCAAUGUUUGUGGAAAGGUCUUUAAGCCUUUUAGUGACCCGUUAGCAUUUAAGAGACACAUGGCAGUCCACUCGGGCGAAAAGCCGUACUCCUGCAAAACGUGUGGGAAAAGUUUCACUAAAAAUAGUACUUUACUGGGCCACAUGAGAGUUCACACAGGGGAGAAGCUGUAUUCUUGUGAAACGUGUGGGAACAGUUUUACUCGAAAAGGUAGUCUGCUGGUGCACAUGAGAAUCCACUCGGGCGAGAAGCCGUACGUUUGUAACACCUGCGGCGAACGGUUUUGUUACUUAUCGGCGCUUAAAAAGCACAAGGCGGUGCACACGGGCGAGAAGCCGUAUUCCUGCGAAACGUGUGGGAAAGGUUUUACCGAGCGCGGCAGUUUGUUGGUCCACAUGAGAAUCCACUCGGGCGAGAGACCGUAUACUUGUAAAACCUGUGGGAAAAGUUUCACUAAAAAAUGUACUCUGUUGGUGCACAUGAGAAUUCACACCGGCGAGAAACCGUAUUCAUGUAAAAUCUGCGGGAUGAGUUUCAGUAAAAAUGGUGGUUUGUUGGUCCACAUGAAAACUCACACAGGUGAGACGCUGAAGUCGGACAUUUCUGUGGGAAAAGACUCUCUGUGAGGUCAGCUUCAUGUCACCUUCUCUCCGUUGUUUUCUCUGUUCGUACCGGUGACCACACUAAUGUAUUUAUUUAAAGAUGUAGUUACGUGGACCAACCAGCUAGGAGGCGCACUUUACAGCUUUAACACAGACUCUAGACGCUGACCUGUGUUUGUUUCAGAAAUGGGAAGAUAUGAAAUCGAGAGAGGCAGCAGGAGUUUGUUUCGUAUUGUCAGCAUGAAGAGAAAGAUGUGUACUCGUUACCAGCACUGAAUCAGAUAUAACUGUGAUGAGGGCUGUGCGAUAUGACCAGAAUCUCCUGACGGAAGACAUUUCUCAUCCUGAUAACGAUAAAUAUCACAAAAUAGUGCUUUUUCUGUAAACUCUGUGAAUCUCGGGCAGCUCGACCUGUGGGAAGUGUUUCCAGCUGGGCGUCGAGUGUUUUGACCAUGUUAGAUAGAAGUUGUUUCUUUGCGUAUUUAUUAGACGGCGUGCUGCGGGGAGAAGCCUGUUCUGAUGUUUGAGUCUAAGGUUCAUUGUGAACACCCGACGGCUCGUUUUUGCUUCUCGUCCGUAAACUCUGUCCACACUCUGUCACGUGAUUCUUGUGUGGGUGGUUGAAGAGGUUUGCUGUGUUUGAGUCUGAGGUCUGCACCGGUUUGCACCAUAAUUUGCGUAGUACAGUUUUCAGGUCCGUGUCAGAUGUUUCAUAACCAAACCAUGAAAACGUAUCACCAUAAACAGUGGAUUUUACUGCAGUAUUAUAAAUAUACGUAACAAACGAUAGCGUAUGUAAUAACAUUUCAACGUCCGAUAUAUUUGGUCAUAUGGCACAGCCCUGACUAUGAUUUAGUCUGAACAUUUGCUUCAUUCUUGACUUGAUAUCUCUGCAGGCUCUGCCAUCUUGUUUUUGUAUGUGGUUAAAAACAGUAACAGUAGGUGAAUGAUGUCAGGACAGAGUGUCAGAUUUAAGUUGGCGUGUGUUCCCCGCUUUAAUCUACAAAACCCAGACUCACAGCUGAAGAUCAAAACAAAGAUCUGUUUUUAAUAUUUUACAUUUCUGAGCCAGUCGUGCUGCCUGUACAGCCACGAAGGGCUCGUUAUUUCCCAGCUGUGCUCUCUCUGAAACAAACACGCUGCUUGGGUUACAUCACAGUCUGCAGCAGACCUCAGCCAAAUGUAACAUGACUGUUAGCAUUACUUGUUUCAUAUACUAAUAGUUCAGAUUGUAUUUAUUAGCGAAACAACCGCGGUGCUGUCAGUGUGCCAGCACAGACACUACGUACUGUAAAUAUUUCAAACCACAGAAAAAGUCUCCUCGUUUCUUUGUGUCUGCUCAGAUUACUGCUCAGCAGUAGCUGCGUCUCACACACGUGUGUUACAGUUUUCAUGUUUGCGUUUGUUGUGAGUCGCUGUGCGUCAGUGGAUGUGCUGACAGGUGUCACUGAACUAGUUUUAGCUGAAAGCUGCUUUAAGCCACCAGUGGAAAUGACUGUAUUUAUUCAUUAGUUUGCUAUAAAAGCUGUUCUGAGGUUUUUCUGUGAGACCCUGCCUGCUUUGUGCACAGAUGUAACUUAUAUAAUAUCCAUAUGAUAAAGCUGUAAGUGUUUCCUGUUUGUGUGUUUCUGCAGCUUCUGUGGUGUCCUCAUUGCUACAUUAAUGUCUAAUCAUGCAAAUCUAAAAACAGGACAGGUGGAGAACACAGACGUGAGGUCUUCCAUCAGUUCGUAAACCUUGACUGAAGUCUGUGUUAUUGUCUCGGUUAUUUGUGGAUUGAGCGUCAAAGCUGAGGAGCCCUCUCGUGCUCGCGGCUGCUGUUUGAAGGACGUUUUGUGUUCACACUACAUCUUCAGAGGUGACACUAACGAGAUUAAGACCAUGUUCAACAUGCUGUUGUAAAAAGCUCUUCAGAAAUAAACAUUGUUUUGGCCUAAAGUGUUGAUAACUCGAGUAACCAUCAGGAUGUGGAGUUGGAUACACUUCACAGAAACAGAGGGCACAGUGUAGCAGGUUUGUGUGCUGCCUCUUAAGGCUCCUACAGGCUUCUCAGACUUUGUUCUGCUGCAUUAAAUGUUUGUACGUUUGUGAUCUGCAUCCUCAGAGGUAAACUCAAAAUACAGGCAUGAAAAAUGUUUUUGUGCAAUGAUUUGAAGCAGCUCUGCUCUUCUGGCUGCUGCUGUAGGAAUGAUAACAUGCUGUCCCAGGUGGACGAGGUGUUCCCUCCAAAACUCGUCAUCACAGCUGUGCCAGACGAGUGAAGAGAAACUAGACUCUACCUGACAGACCAGAGAAGU